AUGUCUACCGAAUAUACGUCCACCGUACGAGAUCAGAACAUAGUAAUAUUUCAUCUUCCCUACGGCCCACCGUUUAGACUCUCGGCGCUCAAAUAUGUCUGUUUUCUGGUUUGCGGGAUAGCCAACUUGUGGCCAUGGAACUGCUUCUUAUCAGCAUCCGAAUAUUUUCAAGACAGUUUUAGCAGCAAGCCAGUGUUGGCCAACACAUAUUCCUCCUCUAUGAUGACGAUAUCCACGCUUGCGUCGGCAUCGUUCAAUCUGUAUCUAUCUCAGAAGCAAAAAGGGGCAGACUACAGAUUUAGACUAAACAUGGGCAACAUGCUGCAGGCAGCAGUGUUCCUCUUGCUCACCAUAUCAACACUCAUCAAGAACAAGCCGGCGGUGCUGUACUUCGUAUACGUGAUGAUGAGCGUUUUUGUCAGCUCCUGCGCCACAUCGUUUGCUCAAGUUGGAGUGCUGGCUUUGGUGAACCUCGAGGGCCCAAUCUAUGCCAAUGCGAAUGUUGUGGGAAACGCGGUUGCAGGCGUGCUUCCAUCCAUCUCGCUGAUCGCAUCCAUUUUGUUGAGUAAGACGCAAAGCGAUAGAGAUAAAGAAGUAUUCAACUACUUCUUCACAAGUUUCUGCAUAGAAUUUCUUGCGCUCGGUUUGAUAUGGAUCACGUACAGAUACAAAGCCAAAGCUGGUCAGUUCCAGACGCUUUCCAGCAAUUCCACCUUAGAAAUAGACGACGAGUCAACGCUCGAGCCCGACGAAGAACACGUCUCGUUCCGCGAGCUCUGGGAUAUCCUGAAAUACGUCCAGAUCACAAUCUUCCUAACCUUGUCUUUGACCCUCACGUUCCCUGUUUUUGCCUCCAAUGUGCUUUCAGACAAGAUAGAUAAGAAGUAUUUCGUUCCGGUCGCGUUUCUCCUCUGGAACCUGGGCGAUCUCGGAGGCCGUGUCAUCACUGCGUCACCGUGGUUUGUUCUUGAGGACCAGCGCAAGAUGAUAGUCUACGCCUCUUUGCGUGUCCUGUUUAUCCCCUUAUUUAUGAUGUGCAAUCUACAAGGCAGAGGAGGUGUGUUUGGCGAUUUUCCCUAUCUGCUGCUGCAGCUACUCUUUGGACUUUCGAAUGGACAGCUAUUUUCCUCAGCUUUUAUGACAAUGGGCGUUCUGCUCACUCGCGAUAAAGAAAAGAAAGCCGCUGGGGGAUUCACGGCGUUCCUUAUCAAUGUGGCCCUACUUUUUGGCAGUGUCGUUAGUUACGUCUUUGUGUAUCUGGUGAGUGCAUAG